UGAAUUUGUUUGUGUGCGUCCCCGAUCCAACAUCCAACACAACGCGCGAAAGUUCUUCACGUUGUCUUUUAAUCUGUCAAUUUCAAGAAAAAUUUCCUGUAAAUCCGUCGCAAAUCCGCCGACAUGGCGAGUUUAUUGGACUUGUGCGAGCAAUAUUUCGGCGCCCGUAAUUUUUAUGAUGUAUUGAAGAUUUCAAAAAACGCGAAUGACAAGCAGGUGAAGAAGGCUUAUCACAAACUGUCCUUACUCGUACAUCCGGAUCGAGUCGAAGAAAGUAUCAAGGCCGAAGCAACCGAGAAGUUCAAAGUCUUAGGUAGAAUACAUUCCAUUCUCAGCGACAAUGAUAAACGCAAAAUUUACGACGAAUCCGGACAAUACGAUGAGGAAAGCGAAGAGGUUGUUAUGCGCAAUUGGGCAGAUUAUUGGAGAUCCUUGUUUAAACCAAUCACUGUCGAAGAUAUCAAUAAUUAUGAGAAGAAUUACAAGGGAUCGGAGACGGAGAUAAAGGAUCUUAAAAGGGCAUAUAUAGACAGCAAAGGAGAUAUGGAUUAUAUCCUGGAAGCUGUUCCGUUUACAAAUUGUGAUGAAGAACCAAGACUGUACGCUAUAAUUGAAGAUUUGAUCAAGAAUGAUGAAGUCCCAGAAUAUAAGGCUUUCACUAACGAGAAUGACAAGAAAAAACUGCGCAGGAAAAGAAAGUGGGCUAAGGAGGCAGCGGAAGCUGAACGUUUGGAGAAGAUGCUAAAGCUGGAAAAUGAGGAAAAUGCGGCCACGAACGAUCUCGCGUUAGUGAUUCAAAAUCGUAACAAAGCUCGCGCCAGUCAAUCGGACAGUUUCUUCGAUUCGUUAAUUGAGAAAUACGCAAAGAGCACUGAAAAAACGACGAAGAGAAAGGCUGCACCCGCAAAGAAAACUACAAGAAAAAUUAAAAAGAAAGCCUAGAGAUAAAUUAGCGCCGAAACACCUGUCUGUUUUUACUUUAUCUUCAAAAAAGUCUCAAUUUCUAAAUUUUAAUCGCAAAGCACGAAUUUGCUAUAAAUUUCUACAUAAUAAUGGACAGUAUAAUUUUUCUAAAUAUAAGCCCACCAAGACUGCGUAAAAAUGCCAAUAAACUAAACAGACUAAUCUGCUUGGUUUAAUGUCAUUGCGUCAAUUAAUCGCGCGUAUACUGCGACAUAAAUGAAAUUAUAUAGAAUCAAGACUUUUUUUUAAAUGUGUAUGUAUAACAACGUAGAUACAAAAUUGUUACUUAAUUAAUUAAAUAUAAUACGAUAUAAAUUAAUAAAUGCGAUGCAAUUGUAUUUUAUGAAAACUAAGAAUUUCUGUAAUUAAUUUAAAAUUUUAUAGAAUGUGUGAAAUAGAAAAAUA